CCCACGAAGGCGAUGAUUCACUAAUAGAGGGGUUGGCUUCUCCACCAGCUGCAACCUUUCCUGGCCGUGAAUGCUACUCACAAUCUCGCCCCAUCUCACUUGAUGACCUAAUUGGCUAGCAGGUUAACUAUGGAACAGGUUUCACCCAUGAUCUCUGCUUUCUUUGACAUUUAAAUAUUUUUAAAAAAGGGUAAAUGUGAGCACCGCCGUUACUCUUAGUUUUUCUCUCCCCACCCCAACACACACUUUGCACUUCUUUUCACCGAGUCACCUUCGCUUCUUCAGUUCACCUGCCACUUUUGACACGAGCUCUCAAGUGUACUUGCACAAGUUCUGCUGCUGCUGAGUCCCGCACGGAUCGCCAUUAAGGUCUAGUCGCACUUUUGGACGCACUUCGACACUGAAAACGAAACUUCUGCCGGUGUCUCAAGUUAACUUUCAAGAUGAGUAUUAAAUCUGACUCCGAGCCAAACAACAAUGUCUCUAUUGAAGAGGAGGUACGAACUCUGUUUGUCAGUGGUCUGCCAACAGAUAUCAAACCUCGUGAACUCUACCUGCUGUUUCGACCAUUUAAGGGUUAUGAGGGUUCACUAAUCAAGUUAACAUCAAAGCAGCCUGUUGGGUUUGUAACAUUUGAAAGUCGUUCUGGCGCUGAAGCUGCAAAAAAUGCAUUAAACGGGGUUCGAUUUGACCCUGAAAACCCGCAGACCCUCCGGUUAGAGUUUGCUAAAGCAAACACGAAGAUGGCAAAGAGUAAGCUGAUGGGCACUCCGAAUCCCACAAAUUUCCACCCAGCUCUAGGAGCACACUUCAUAGCACGGGACCCAUAUGACUUGACUGGGGCAGCACUGAUCCCAGCAUCUCCAGAGGCCUGGUCACCUUACCCCCUCUACACCCCAGAGCUCAGCCCCGGCCUGCCCCACACUGCUUUCACCUAUCCAGCAGCUGCUGCUGCAGCUGCUGCACUUCAUGCUCAGAUGCGCUGGUAUCCCUCCACAUCAGAGUCAUCCCAGCCUGGAUGGAAAUCACGGCAGUUCUGUUAAAUACCUAGUGUGCAAUAUUUUUUUUUUUUUUUUUUUUUCUCUCCAAAUGCAACCUUCCACCUAAAAUCAGUACAGUUCGUUUGAACUUUUGGUUUUUGGAUGUAUUGACUCCUUUGGAAUUGGGCAAUGAAGAUGAUAUUUGCUAGACAAGUCAUAUUGCCAACUGCAUACAAUGAGGCAUAUUAAUGGUUCAGUAGACUUUAGAUCUUAAUGGAUCAGAUUCUUGAGUUUUGUUUUCUUUUUUUUUUUUUUUUUUUCUUCAGUAUAUGGGAUAUGAGACAAUCAAGUGACAUGCAGACAUUGAGCAUGAAGUGUAGCUCUGUGCAUUGUAGUAUAUUUCUUGCUCCCAUGACCGGUGUCGCCUUGUUAAUUUUCUCCUAUUUAUAUAUUGUGAUCUUUAAAGUUGCAUGCAAAACAGUGGCCAACUCGUGUUUGGAUGGGUAAUGUGAGGUCUAGACAGCCAAGCAGAUGGUUUUCCAUUGUAACACAUCAUGGAGGUUCUGAAUUUACAAAAUAUGACGUGACUCAAUAUUGUGUUUUCGGGGGUAAGAGUUUGUGCAAUUAUGUAAUCUGUAUAAGAUAUUUGUAACUAAUUUGUGUUCUGUGUUUGUGUCAGUGCCCAUUGUAGCAGUUUCUGAGGCUAAGUUGUAAUUUUUCUUUGAUUUGACUGUCAGUGUGGCACAAAACUAACAGUAUGUGGAUGGCAGAUUUGUCUGCUAACAUUAAAUUGCUGUCAAGUUAAUACUAUGAAUAUAAAAAUACAGUAGGAAUUUUAAUGUGGGUAUAGUAAUGGUUUAUUCUGACAUUAAAAAUGUAUUUGUAAAAAUAGUUUGGUGAAAAAAAAUAUAUACCAUUUGUAUGAGAUCGUAUUAAAAUGGAAAUGCAUUAAAA